AAAACCGAAUACAGAUUGCAUGGAUCUCUAUAUGAACGGACAUACACAAUCUGGUGUAUACAGAAUAAAUCCUUUUGGAAAUGAGAGCCAGAUCAACGUAUACUGUGAUAUGGAAACAGAAGGCGGAGGGUGGACAGCGAUACAGAAACGGAGGAACGGAAGAGUGAGCUUUAACAAAACAUGGGCGGAGUACAAAACAGGUUUUGGGAACACCAGCGACUCAUAUUGGAUUGGCAAUGACGUGAUUCAUCAGCUAACUAAGGGAAGGAACUCUUUCCUAUACAUCUCCAUUACAAGGAAGGAUGACAUAAAGUAUUAUGAACUAUACGACCAGUUUGCUGUUGCUGAUGAGUCAGAUAACUACACUCUCUUUCUUGGAGGACCAUAUAUGGGAACCUUAGGCGACAAUAUGUUAGACACGGGGUAUACUUUCUAUGAUCUGUCGGGGAUGUCCUUUAGUACUCCUGACAGGGACAACGACAGGAAGAGAGAAGAAAACUGUGCUUCUGAACAUAACGGGGACUGGCGGUUCAACAAAUGUCAUUAUGCCUACCUCAACGGACCUUGGUAUCCGGAAAGAUGGACAUAUCCUUGGGUUUUUAAAUUUUAUGACGGUUCAAAAAUAAAGGAGACUACCAUGAUGAUAAAGCCUCACUGAGUGUGUUACAAUGGUGUUAAUGUCUGUAUUCUUUUUACACGAUUAUCUUUGAUGAAAACAUAUUUCUCAUAUUCCGCAGUUUCCAUAAAUAUUGAAAAGCAUUAUUCAUUGACAAUUGAAGUUAUAUAUACGUGUAUAUACUGUGGUAUAUGAAUGGUCUUCUUGAUCCGUGUAAUGUAUGCAUUUAUGUUAAAUCUUAUGUAUCUGCUGAUACAAGGAACAAAAAUACUUAACUAACAAUGUAGUUGUAAUAUAAAUAAUCGAU